AUGGACCUGAAAACACCGCUGGCUCCGGCUGCCGGUAACAAGCGGCCUGAUAAUACUCCAGCAAAACUCCAAGCUUCACUUCAAACUGAUAAAGAAAAUCAUAAUCAUAAUCAUAAUCAUAAUCAUCAUCAUCAUCAAGGACCUGGAAUCAGUAGGCAACAAAGACCUCUUGUUCCUUUAUCUUCAUCCUCUGGACCUGUUUCUUCUUUGUCUUCUGUAUCAUCUUCUUCCUCUUCUGCAUCUGCUAUAACUGCAUCUACUACUACUUCUUCUUCUUCUUCUUCUUCUUCUUCUUCUUCUUCCGCAUCUUCAUUCCCAUUCUCAAUCACCGCUUCAACAUCUCUCCCUCCAGUAUGUGCACCUGCUCCUGUAUCUCUAGCUUCCUCUUCUACUGGUUCCUUUGCAGACCUUGAAGACCUCUCUCAUCUUCUAGCGAUGCCUCCUUCUUCUGCACGCUUCGAACCUUUCCAUGCAAUCCAUGCAGACCCAGUUCCUUCGCCAUUGCCACUGCAAUUGCCAUUGCCACCACAACCUUCUCAAUCACAACCUCAAUUGGUCAUCCCAAGACCUCUUUCACCCUCUAAAAUUACAAAAAAAACUACCCUUUCACGUCCCUCUUCACCUUCAAAAUCUCCUACCCGCCAAUCAAUCUCCUCAGUUGCAUCAAUCUCUUCGGUUGCCUCUCCUACUAAAUCUUCUGCUAAACUUAGAGGUCUUUCAAUCACAGCAGAACAACUCACUGCUGCUACAAAAGACCUCGAUAUAAACCAGAAAAAACCAUACCCUGCUCUUCUUCCUGCUGAUUUUGCAAUUCUACCUGAUUCUCCUGGGUUCUUGUUUGAUCAAUUGCCAUCUUUGUCCUCUCCAGAACAAUCUUUAGCGUAUCUCGCUUUAAAUGAAUCUUCCGCAAGAUUAGUCUCAGGGGCUUCUGAUCCACCAGUAUUUGCAACUGCCCCCUCUUCUUCUUCUUCUUCUUCUUCUUCUUCUUCCUUUUCCCCUAAAGUUAACAAACAACACCACCAAUUCAUUCAAAGACCUCCAUCUCCUACAAAACCUACACGAGUCCCAAGCUUAACCUCCACAUUCCAAGCACAACUCUCUCACCAAUUCGUCAACUCUUUUGCAAGCCCUUCUCCUAAUUUUUCUCCCAUUCUAUCUUCACAAACACACCAUUCUCCAACACUGUCUACAAGUCCCAUUAAUAAUAAACAAGAGCUGGUUCAACGCAGAGCUUCGUCUUCUUCGCCCAAGAAAAAAUACGAAACGUGUGUUUUUAAACUUACUCCACCGCAAACCCAAAAGCAAAAUAAAAAACAGCAGCAACAGCAACAGCAACAGCAACAACAACAACGGCAGGCGGUUGUAGGGCCAACAAAUGCAAAAUAUAGAAUGCAUCAUCAACAACUGGUUGUUCAAAAACAACAACAAACUCAGGGGAAACCGAUAUCACAGCAGUAUAAUAGACCACUCCAAAAUGACCUUGUUCAACCGGAUCAAUCUAUUCAACAUAUUCAAUCUCAACCUUUGCAACAAGUAAGUCAAUCACCUAGCCAUCAACAACAGGCUGUUCAUUCUUCUCAACAACAAUCUCCUCAUUCUCAUCCGUUCAUCUCGCAGCCUCCUAUUGCAGCCCCUGAACCAGCCGUUUAUUCAUUUAUCCAGCCACAGCAACCCUCACCUCAACAACAACAACAACAACAACAACAAUCUCCACUUUCUUCUACCACGCUGCGCUCGCCUACAAUAGAACAGAUUAUCGUUUGUGGGUACCACCGUAACCCGUUGUUCAUGCACCAUCUGUCGCAACUAAACCCAGACAUGGCAGCCAUGGUUGCACGCUAUGUGGCCACCUAUUAUCCAGAAGAAACCCAAGCACAAGGGCAAAUUCACCAUUCUCAACAAUUGUCACCUCAACAACCAUUUCAGCUAUUGGAAAAUGUUCAAGGAGUGGGUCAAGAACACGUACCGCAUCAAAUUCUUGUUCAGGCUCAAGAACAAUUGCAACAACAAGUACCUGUUACUGUUCAAGUUCAACAGCUCAUUCAACAACAAGCUCAACAACAAGCUCAACAACAAGCUCAACAACAACAGUUACUGCAGCAGCAGCAGCAGCAGCAGCAGCAGCAGCAGAGUCCGGUUCAAGUGCAAAUCCAACAUCAUAUACCUGUGGUUCAUGUUCACGGACAACCACAAGUUCAACAACACCAAAUUCAGCAUCAACUCCAACAAGUUCAAGCUUCCCAACAACAGCUUCCUCUUUAUAUUCAAGAUCAAUUGGCACACCAAGGUCUUGUUCAAAUUCCUCUUCAUAUUCAGGAUCAAACAUAUCACCAUCAAAGUCCUCCCAUUCAUAACAUUCAACAUGCACAAGUUCAACAACAACAACACGUGCAUCUACAAGCUCAUUCUCAACCACACCCAAAUCAAGUCCAAUUGCAUCAGAUUCAGAAUCAGGAAGCUACUAUACAAAUGCAUAGGGUUCAGAACCAAGGAAUGGUAAAUAACACUCAGAGUCAAGUCAAUGACCAGAUUCAAUUGGAAAACCAUGCCCAGGCUCAAGCCCAAAUUCAGGCGCAUGCUCAGGCGCAUGCUCAGGCUCAAAUUCAAGCUAGAGCAUAUGCCCAAAUUCAAGCAUGUGCUCAAGCCCAAACCCAGUUACAGACUUUGACUCCACCUCACCAUCCUGCUCAAAUUCCAGUCCAACCUGUAUCCACAGUCCCUCUUCCUGUCCAUAUUCCGGUUACUGCUCCACCACCUGUUGAAACAACAACUCCAACAACAUCUGCUGUUUCUGCUGCUGCUGUUGUUGCUGCUGCUGCUUCCUUCCCAACCUCUGCCCCUCCUGUAAUUGCAGCCCCUACACCCAAUACUAUCACCCAGUACGUUUUGCUACCUGCCAACUCUUCGCAAAAACGCCCUACCCAAGCUCAUGGCAAAAAAAAGCAGCAACAAUCCCAAUCUCAACCUCAAUCAGCAUCCGCUUCACCAUUGAACCCACUCCCUACUCGAGCACCUCUCACGCCUUCUCCAACCCGCCAAAAACUUUCCACAGCCCCUGUCUCCUCCAGCACUUCAUCCAGCGCUUCCACAAGCCCAGAAAAAAACAGAACUUUUGGAAGUCCACGCUCUGCACCACCUCCCGUGCCUUCACUUUACCCAACAACCACCGCGUCUUCGUCCUCAUCAGCUAACGGUGUUUUUUCGUUAAGCCCAGCACCUAUCUCCAAACAAAAUUCUUCCGGGCUUGUAUCACUUUCUUCUAGCCCUGUGGCCGGUGGUGGAGCUACAACAACGGCUUCUGGGUCGCCAGUAAAAUUGAGCCCCUUGAAACUAAGUCCUGUCAAAUUGAGUCCUCCUAAACCUGCACGAGCGGGUACCCCUGCUGCAGUAACAACACCAGAAGCUGGUGAUGAAGUAAGUUCCACGAGCGGUACUAGUGGAGCGGUUGGUGCUGUAUCAGUGGCAGUUGAUAUGAAUAUGGAAAAGAAAGGCACCAAGAAGAACAAUAAGAACAAUGCUUCUUCGUCUUCUACGCAGGACCUUGCACAGCCUUCUCCGCAGAAUCCUCCGCCGCAUCAAGCUGCAGACUCAGACUCGCCAACGCCUUUGUCUAAAAAGAAACAAACAGCCGCACUAAGCACUUCCAAACUGGGCCGUCCACGCAACGGGUCUCUGGCUCGCUCCGAGCACAAUUCCUCACCGGAAUCAGUGAAGCUGGCUACCACAGGAUCUUCUAAAGCAUCAUCCUCUUCUGCUGAACUCGCUGCCAAUUCAGCAAAACCGGCAAAUGCAAUCACCAAAGCAGAGUCCGAUGCAGAAAUUACGGCCAAACUCAAAGCACAAUUGGACCAGCUAGAACGACAACAACACGAGCGCCAUCGUCUGGGCCCACACAAGCGCGGCGGACUGCCACUCAGCGCUGUCGACCAGUACGUCCAAGAAACAGAUGAAAAAGAUCAGUACAGGUGUCUGUACCCUGGAUGCACUAAACUAUUUAAACGCAGGUACAAUGUGCGAUCCCACGUGCAAACGCAUCUGUCAGACCGACCAUAUGCGUGCGGACUUUGCACCGCUCGCUUUGUUCGACCACACGAUUUACGACGCCAUCUUAAGUGUCACGAUCCGGAGAAGCAAUACAAGUGUUCGUGCGGACGUUCGUUCACUCGCCAUGAUGGGUUGCGCAAGCAUCAGCUCAAGCACGAGUUUUUGGAUGACGAGGCUGGAGGUGGCCCACGCUGUGUUCCCCGCGACAAGUCUAAACGAUUUCUUAAAAAGGAAGAAAGCCAAGAAGAAGAAGAUGAAAAGGAGGAUGAAGAAAAUGGAUAUGUUGAAUACCCGAAUGGCGAUAGAGAAGAACAGACUACCUAUGUGUAUGAUGAAUAUGACGAUGAGUGCGCCAAAUGGAUUCACGGCCAAGACCGUUAUGAUAACUUUAAACCCUACCCCCAUGGUCGCGAACAAGAUCUUGUUCUUAAUCUUACAGAUACUGUCACCUUAUCAACUACAACCACCACCACUACGACUGUAGCCUCGACUUCUGCUGUCGCGCUUUCAGCAGCAACCAUAGCUACAGCUGCUCGAAGAACUGUGAGCUCUUCCAGUGCCAUGUCAAUUGACCUUGAUCCUCCAGCCACCGCCGGUACCACUGCAAUCUCUUCUUCUUCUGGCGACCCGUCCUCACCUUCGACCUCAUUUUUCCCUCGCUCUCCCGUGAUUCCCUACAAUUCAUUUAUGCCAAUAUACCGCGCAUCUUCGUCGUCGUCAACGUCUUCGGUGGCCAUGGCUCGUGCUGCCAUGCGCGCCGUAAGUGGGUCGUCUGUCAUGAGCAUUGACACUGAUUACAAGAACGGGGGCAGUGCAGGGUCAUCGUCACGCAAAACAAGUGGGUCGUUCGAUACUCCUGUAGCGUUUUGUGAGCAAUGGAUUCCCAUUCCGACGUUUGUGCAUGAAAACGAAGAAGCCCCACAGGAUCAUGAUUCCAAAAUGGGUUUCUAA